AAAUUUCUUAAACAACACGUAAAUAUUUUUUUUUUUUUUAUAUUUGCGUCGAAAUGGAGUACUUUCUAUUUUAUACUAUGCUGCUAAAUCAACAUUAAUAUUAUAUUUAUUGUCUAUAGUUUUUUAGAAAUUGAUCUUUACCAAAAAAAUCUCAAGAUUUCUCGUGAGAGGUUCUUGCUCACACUCCAAUAAAGGCAACUCCCUUUCCUUCAUCAUCACUCUCAGAUCACAUUUCUUCAUUUUGCUUUCAAUCAUUUAUUUUAGAUUCACAUUCUUCACCAAACUUAGUUGACUUUUUACUACUAGCAUUGACUCUGUCUCAUCUUCUUCUUCUUCACCUUCAUUCAAAAAAACUCAUAAACUGUUUAGUUUCUUGAGGUCACUGCAAUGGCUUCUGGUUGUGUGACCUUAAAAGCCAACACCCAUUUUCCAAAAUCUAAUAAAGGUUCUUUUUUUGGUGAAAGAAUCAAUGGAAGAUUCAACAAUAGUAACUGGGUCACGGAUCAGUUGAAUAAAAGAUUCACAACCAAGAAAAAUGUCAAACACUUUUCUGUAUCUGCUAUUCUUACUUCAGAUGACCCCAAAAGUUCCUUGAACUUGCAAGUGCCUUCAUUUAUGAGACUAAGAGCUGAUCCAAAAAAUGUUAUUUCCAUUGUAUUGGGAGGAGGACCAGGGACACAUUUAUAUCCUCUUACCAAACGAGCUGCAACACCUGCGGUUCCUGUUGGGGGAUGCUAUAGGCUUAUAGACAUUCCAAUGAGCAACUGUAUCAAUAGUGGCAUCAACAAAAUAUUUGUGCUAACUCAGUUCAAUUCUGCUUCCCUUAACCGUCACAUUGCCCGCACCUAUUUCGGAAAUGGCGUCAACUUUGGGGAUGGAUUUGUGGAGGUUCUGGCGGCGACACAAACACCAGGAGAGGCUGGAAAUAAGUGGUUUCAAGGAACUGCAGAUGCUGUGAGACAAUUUACCUGGAUAUUUGAGGAUGCCAAGAAUAUAAACGUCGAGAAUGUAUUGAUCUUAGCGGGCGAUCAUUUAUACCGAAUGGAUUACAUGGACCUUGUGCAGAGUCAUGUUGAUAGAAAUGCCGAUAUUACAAUUUCGUGUGCUGCUGUGGAUGACAGUCGUGCAUCAGAUUACGGGUUGGUCAAGGUAGACGACAGAGGCAACAUCAUCCAAUUUUCAGAAAAACCAAAGGGCACUGAUCUGAAAGCAAUGCAAGUAGAUACCUCUCGUCUUGGGUUGUCACCACAAGAGGCAUUGAAUUCACCAUAUAUUGCAUCUAUGGGAGUUUAUGUAUUCAAGAAAGAUGUUUUACUCAAGCUCCUGAAAUGGAGAUAUCCUACCUCUAAUGACUUUGGAUCCGAAAUCAUUCCUUCAGCUAUAAAGGAACACAAUGUUCAAGCAUAUUUUUUCGGAGAUUACUGGGAAGAUAUUGGAACAAUAAAAUCCUUUUACGAUGCUAACCUUGCUCUUACAAAAGAGAGUCCAAAAUUCGAGUUUUAUGAUCCAAAGACACCAAUUUUCACAUCUCCAGGAUUCCUACCACCAACAAAGAUUGACAACUCACGGGUUGUGGAUGCCAUUAUCUCCCAUGGAUGUUUCUUGAGAGAAUGUAAAAUCCAACACUCCAUUGUUGGCGAAAGAUCGCGUUUAGAUUAUGGUGUUGAGCUUCAGGACACUGUAAUGAUGGGAGCAGACUAUUACCAAACUGAAUCCGAAAUUGCUUCUCUACUUGCAGAGGGGAAGGUCCCUAUUGGGAUUGGAAGGAAUACCAAAAUUAAGAACUGCAUUAUCGACAAGAAUGCAAAGAUCGGGAAAGAUGUCAUCAUCGCGAACAAAGAUGGUGUUCAAGAAGCAGAUAGAUCAGAAGAUGGAUUCUACAUACGAUCAGGAAUCACAAUCGUAAUGGAGAAGGCAACAAUAGUAGAUGGAACUGUUAUAUAAACAAUGGUUAGUGGUUAUUUCAUGAGCUGGUUUUCCUAAGGCGCUGGAAGAAGCAUCGCGAGGAACAUUCCUUCCCCCAUCUUUGGGGGCGGAAUGGUAGAUGUUGCAAAAUGCUAUGUUGAAUAGAGAAAGCGGCGGGUGAAAAAUAGGAGCUCUCCCACUACAUGUAAAAAUAGAAUGAAUGAAUAAAUAAAUAAAUAAAUUACAAAAGUGAAGUUGCACAAAGUAAAAUAAAUUGAAGGGUUGAGCAUGUGAGCUAUAAAGUUUCCAUAUCCCCUCACUGGCAACUGCAUAUGACAUUUAUGACUCCUUUCAAAUUAUUGUAUCAAUGAAAUAUUAUUUUGAAUGGUAAUCACUUGUUUCUCCAAGUAACAUAAAUGUUUAGUAUUA